CACACAAGGGCACUGGGGUUUUUGAAGGUGUGCAAUGCCAGUGUCGGAUCAAUGCUGAAGUGUUUCGAAAGCAUAAAUAACGACGAAAGAUGUAAUAAACAUUUUGUGCUCACUUGCAAUGGAUGACUUAGACCACAGUGUGCUGAUAGCGGAGCAGGACUGGGACUGCUUCUGUACCGAGAGUGAGGAAUGUUCUGUUGAGCAAGCCAAACUUGCAGCCUUAGAUGAGUCCGGCUUUAGUGACAGCGACGAUGACAUAACCUCCACCCAGGUGUCAACUCUUCCCCUCACAAUCAGCCCCGACCAGCUCUCCGAAAAAGAUGAAAGUCUUAAUCAUCAAAUAGGAGAUUACAAAAUCAAGCAUUCAUCUGAGAAUCUGGAAAAUUCUAUUCCUGAAACAGAACCACGGGAUGCUGAGCAGAUGAGAAAUGCUUGUGUACAUGAACAAGAGUUUCAAAACAAAGCUAGUGAAGACAGCACUCUGACUGAGAAGUUAAGAGAAAAUGAUGAGAAUCAAGAAAAUGGCAAGGAAAAAUCAAGCUAUGACACCACAGAGAAAGUUUCUGAAAUGUCCACAGCUAAUUUAAAUCAUGGAAACCGUACAGAUGGUAUAGAAAGGCAAACUGAGGUGACGGAGAGUUCAGCAGCCACCAUAAAAGAGAAGGAACGCUGGUUUGUCACUGUAAAUGACAGCCCAGUCCGUCUGAGAGUAAAGAGUUCGGAUUCACUUCAAAAAAAAAGAAGAAAAAAAAAACGUUGUAAAAACUCAAGGCAAAACAUCAGAGUUAUGGAGGAUGACUCUUCCUUAAAUAACAAAACAGAGGCAGAUAGAGAAAUUAUUGAGAGGCAAACAACACAGGACACAUUCGAACAAGAAAAUUAUUCUUCUGACCCACCCAAUAUUCAUAAUGUCCAAAUCCAAGAUUUUUCAUCCACUGGAUUAUCUGAAGAUGAAGAAGAAAAAGCAAGCUGUGCUCUUGAUUUAAAAAAGGAAAACCUGACAGAAAUUCCAAAAGCUAAAUUAGAAAGAAAUCCUGCCGACUCCCCAAAUUCACAUUUAACUCCCAAACAGCUGCCACAAAUGAUAUUUAAAGAUCUCAGUGGCUCUUUGCCACAGCAUGAGGAUCAUGAAAACACAGCACGCGAUAAACUUGACGAAUCCAUAGAAGAUAAUAACUUUGAAUGUCAACAUACAGAUGAUAAUCUAAACUACUUUAAUAAUGACACAGGAACAGAAAAUCCCAGAUUUAUUCUGGGGAUAGCUCCAUCUUUAGACUCUGAACAAGAAAAAGCAGAACAGCAAGAGCCCUUGGGACUUUUAUCCUAUAAUGGAAAAGAAUCCUCUCAAGAGACGCAAUCUAUUAACACCCCAGGUCCAACUCCACCCAUAUUUGCCAUUUCUUCCUUUUGGGAUGAAAUGGAGAAACUGACAAUAAAUGAUAUUUUGCAACUUAGAAUAGCCAACAGCAGGUCCCUGCCAACAGAAGACAUCGUUCCAGAAGAAAGCAGCCAUGUAGACGUCAUCAACGCUCAUCUUUUAGAGAGGGAUGAGGUGGAAUCCAAAAAUGAGAGUUUAGAAGAUGGCCUGGUAGACGACAUGGCAGAUUCAGACUACUUCACACAUCUGGAUGACUCUAAACCUGACAGAUCCAGCUGCGAAUUUUCCACUUUCUCCGAUUUUGAUGAGGAGUUGAUACAACUUCUUCAUGCGAGUGCAAACCCUAGCCCUGAUCUCCUUGAAAGCAAAGAACAAAUGUUUCUUGAGUCUAUGUGUGCCGUGGAUUUGAAAGAAACUUUGCCAAGUGAAUCAGAUAAGAUAGUGAAGAUGUUUCCGGAAAGUAAUCCUGUAGUAUAUAGUAUGUACUCAGAGACAGAGAUGCAGGACUUAUUUCUAACAACUAAAGAAGACAACAACGUGAAUACUUUACUACUGGACCAAUGUAGCGUGAGAAGAUCAACGCCUUCACCAGUUUUAUCGGUUUCUGAUAUUCUAGAUGAUCAGUGUCUGCUGUCUUUCUUUGAAAUGGCAAACAAUGACACUGAAGUGGAAAAAUACCAGACUUGGACCCCAAGUAGAAAGUCUUUGCUUUGUCUUUCACAAAAUGUAUCAUUGGCUGAGACUUAUGAUGACUUCUUCUCAGAAUUUGAGGUUGGCAAUAUUCUCUUUCCUUCAUUGCAAGGUUCAAGAAAAAGUGAGAAAUCAAUGGUUCCUAUCUAUUCCUCUUCUCGCCCAGUUGUAAGAGACCUAGAACUUCCAGAAUUAGAUGAGGUGAUACACGAAAAUGCUCCUAUCAGAGUUACGAACCCUUCUGAAACAUCAAACAUGUGCUUUAUCACUAGCCAGAGAAGUACCUGGAGAAACCUUUCUCUGAGGCAUACCAAACUUCUAAUGGGAAAGACCUGGUGCAGGAUGGCGACCUCUUGGAGUUUUCCCAACACAGUCAACAUUGUCUGCAAUUAUGGAACAAAAACAAUAUUAAGUUCCUCUAUAACUCAGUCAAGUCAUCCAGUUCUUCUUCUAGAAAACCAGGCCCUCAGACAGACGACAGAACAUCAGACACAAAUUGGGGAAACUGUAGCAAAUGCAGACAGAGAUCGCUUCCUCUUUUCCUUAAAGCAGGCAGACAUGUGCCUUGUUUGCAUUGCAUUUGCAUCUUGGGUACUGAAGUCAAGCAACCCACAAUCUACAGACAUGUGGAAAACAGCUCUUCUGGCAAACGUGAGCGCAAUCUCUGCCAUCCAGUACUUGCGGCGAUACGUAAAAGAAGGAUGAACUAUAAAAAUCUAGUAUUAGAGCUUUCUCACAAGGGGGCCAGUGUACAGGAGAGGGUUAAUUUUGCACAAAUUCACACCAAACACUUUAGUAAAUACACAUAUUAGGUUGUAUUCCAUGUUUCCUAACAGUCUAAUAUUUUCAUGUAAUAUAUUCAUGUUACAAAAUAGGUGUUCGAUCAAUAAAUAACUUAUCAAAGGACAAUUUCGUUAAAGUAAAGCAUACAAAGCAAAGGAGGAAACAUUAGUUUAGUUUUUUCCCAUACAAACACUUGUUCAGUUAGAAGACAUAUAUUGCUUUAGAUAUGUUGAUAUGGACCAGAAGUGACCACUGGUAAGUUUCGCGUCAGUUAUAUUCAGGACUCAAGCUGUGCUAUACAUAUUUAUAUAAUUCACAAUUAAACUAUUUUGCAGUGUACAUAUAAAAAACAUUUUUACCGCUCAAGAUGUAUCUAUUAAAUGCAAAAGGAAAGGGAAAAAAUCAUGCGGCCAAAGCUUUUUAAAAAAAAAAAUCCAUAUUGUUUUUGGAUGAAGAAACAGAUUUGAGUACAUUUGUAAAGAAUAUACAUUUGCACAUAAAAUGUUGUUGGAAGUUACAGUGCAUCUGGGAAGUAUUCAAAGCGCUUCACUUUUUUCACAUUUUUAAUGUAACAGCCUUAUUCCAAAAUGAAUUAAAUUCAUUGAUUUCCUCAAAAUUCUACACACAAUACCACAUAAUGACAAUGUGAAAAAAAGAUUUUUUGAAAUUGUUGCAAAUUUAUUACAAAUAAAAAAAAACUCUAAAUCACAUGUACAUAAGUAUUCACAUCCUUUGCCGUGACGCUCUAAAUUGAGCUCAGGUACAUUCUGUUUCCAAUGAUCAUUCUUGAGAUGUUUCAGCAGCUCACCUCACAGGAGUUCACCUGUGGUAAAUUCAGUUGAUUGGACAUGAUUUGAAAAGGUUUUGUCUAUUUGAAAAGUACCUGUCUAUAUAAGGUCCCAGGGUUGACAGUGCAUGUCAAAGCACAAACCAAGCAUGAAGACAAAAGAAUUGUCUGUAGACCACUGAGACAGGAUUGUCUCGAGGCACAAGGCUGGGGAAAGGUUACAGAAAAAUUUCUGUUGCUCUGAAAGUUCCAAUGAGCACAGUGGCCUCCAUCAUUCUUUAGUAGAAGAUGUUUGGAAGCACCAGGACUCUCCCUAGAGCUGGCCGGCCAUCUAAGCUGAGUGAUCAGGGGAGAAGGACCUUAGUCAGGGAGGUGAUCAAUAACCCGAUGGUCACUCUGUCUAAGCUUCAGUGUUCUUCUGUGGAGAGAGGAGAACCUUACAGAAGGACAACCAUCUGUGCAGCAAUCCACCAGUCAGACCUGUAUGGUAGAGUGGCCAGAUGGAAGCCACUCCUUAGAAAAGGUCAUAAAGCAGCCCGCCUGGAAUUUGCCAAAAGGCAUCUGAAACAAAACUCUCUGGUCUGAUGAGACUAAAAUUGAACUCUUUGGAGUGAAUGCCAGGCAUUACAUUUGGAGAAAACCAAGCACCGCUCAUCACUAGGCUAAUACCAUCCCUACAGUGAAGCAUGGUGUUGGCAGCAUCAUGCUGUGGGGAUGUUUUUCAGCAGCAGGAACUGGAAGACUAGUCAGGGUAGAGGGAAAAAUGAAUGAAGCAAUGUACAGAGACAUCCUGAAUGAAAACCUGCCCCAGAGUGCUCUUAACCUCAGACUGGGGUUAUGGUUCAUCUUCCAGCAGGACAAUGACCCAAAGCACGCCGCCAAAAUAUCAAUGGAGGGAGUGGCUUCACAACAACUCUGUGAAUGUCCUUGAGGGGCCCAGCCAGAGCCAAGAUCUAAAUCCUAUUGAACAUCUCUGGAGAGAUCUGUAAAUGGCUGUAGACCGUCGCUUCCCAUCCAAGCUGAUAGAGCUUGAGAGGUACUGCAAAGGGCAAAAAUUCCCAAAGACAGGUGUGCCAAGCUUGUGGCAUCAUAUUUAAAAAGACUUGAGGCUGUAAUUGCUGCCAAAAGUUUAUCAACAAUGUAUUGAGCAAAGGCUGUGAAUUUGCAAUAAAUUUGCAACUAUUUUUAAAAAUCUUUUUUCACAUUGUCAUUAUGGGGUAUUGUGUGUAUAAUUUUGAGGAAAUCAAUUAAUUUAAUCCAUUUAGGAAUAAGGCUGUAACAUAAAAAAUGUGGAAAAAGUGAAGCGCUAUCAACACUUCCCGGAUGCACUGUAAGGAGGUAUAAAAAAGUGCCAGAAGUAUGACUGCUGCUAAGUGUCAAAUGUUUCUAUCACACAUAAACAGAGACUGAUGUCAGUGUGAUAGGGGAAAUCAUAUAUAUGAAACAGCCUCAAAAA